AGAUGUAUAAGUGAAGCUACUCUGGAUGAAAUGGAGAGGAUAGAUCAGAGGAGGUCACUGGAUGACAAGAAGACCACUCUAUUGACUGCCAUGCAAGAAACAGUGUCUAGCGACUACAGGAAACUUAAAGAUAUUGCCACAGUGCUGUCUGAUGUUGAAGAAACAAGAGCUGUAGCUAAUAAAAUGAUGGCCAAAUAUGUGGAAAAAAUUCCUCAAGAAGAUGAUGGUACAGCAGUACAACCACAGGAGGCAGUAGGUGGUAAUGAAGAUCGUGCUAGUGAUAUAUUGAGGAAUAAUUAUAGUGCUCUUUCUCAGUCAAUUACUGAACCAGUUCGUAUAGCAAAGUUGCUUCAUGAAGAGGUUAUACCUGAUGAGGCUCUGUCUUGUGUCAUAUCUACCAGAAGUACUAUCUCUGACAGUAGAGCAGUUCUCCUCAAAGCUGUACGAGAUGCUGUUCACUCCAAUUACAAACACCUGGAGUUGUUUGUUACUGUAUUGAGGAAGUUUUCAGAGACUGCUCGUAUUGGAGAUACUAUUUUUGAAGAAUACAGAAAACAUUGUGACUGUUAUGAUGAUGAUGAUGAUGUUGAAGAUGGUGUAGCAAAGCAUCUUCCCAUAGAAAAGUCCAUGUCUACUAGUUCAGAAAGUUCAUCUUUGGAUGAUGGAGAAAUGAAUAAACAUGGUGAUCAUAAAAUCCUUUUUUCCCGUAGUAUGAAGAAAGAGUUUAAAAGAAUGAGAAUGAAGUUUGGCUCUACAUUUUAUCAAGUUCAGCGUAGUUUUUCCAACAGAAAAGACAUUUUAAUUAUUGAUGACGUAAAGGAACUAAUUAUUCACUGGUUUCCUGAUCUCGCAUCUGAACUUUCUUAUAAGAAGACCAUUGGUGAUGUAUUAAAUGUAGUGAAAAGAAAGUGCAAUAUCAUUGACUUACAUCCCCUUGAAAAUUUAGCCUCUGAAUUCAACAUAGAUGAUGCUAAACCAGUCAUUAAGUCUUACAAAGAGGAAGCUAAGGAUUUCUGUAAGUCAAUAUCAGUGAAUCUUUGUCUUGAUGAGAAGCUACAAGCAGUUGCUACUCCGUCUCGCCUUUUAUGUGAAACUGUUGUAUUUGUGUUCAACUGGGAUCCUGAUGAAACUACAUUGCAGGAUAUCAAUGAUGUAUUGGAUGAGUUGGAGCUACUGGAUAAGUGCCGCAUACAGAUUGAUAAAGUUGGCCCUGGUAAAUCAGUUAUAGUGACCUGCUACUGUCCUGCUGAAUACACUGGGUUGCUUAAAAGCAUUGUCCUUGAGAAGAUAGAUAUGCUGCGAAGGGAAGGACUAAAGGAAUUUAUUAUAGGCAAAGAUACUGUAUGGGAUGCUCAAGACUUGCUAGUGCAGAUUAAUGAUCUGAAAACUGCUUUAAGAGACAGAGAUGAAAAGAUAAAGGCUGCUGAAACAGAUUUAGCAAGAUUCAAAGAACUAUCAGAAAACAGAUUAAAGAAAAUAGAAACAUUAGAAAUUAAUCUUGAAGAAAGUCGGCACAUUAAUGGUAUGAUUUAUAGUUUUAAAGUCUAUUAG